AAAUAGGUGAGUAAUACACGAGCGAUAGACGCUAAAUCUAUCAUACUGAAACCUUAUUGUUUACAGUGUAACAAUUAUGUAAGUCUAACAUAAUUUCUUUGGGUUCAAUCCAAAUAUCUGAAGAAACAAUUUUAAAACUGGAACCUUUAUUUAAAUAAUUCGUGUAUACUUUGUUGCAAACAUACCAAGAUUGAAAAGAGGCUAUUAAUCGUGUACAUUAGUAUCUGGUAAUCAGUGUUUCCCCUUUUUCUUUUUUACUUCUCUCUCUUUUGAAUUUUAAUGCUAAUUUCCGACCAAAAGAAGAAAAAUAAAGUAACGUUUCCAUGACUAACUUUGAGACAUUGAAAGAAAUAAUUUAUUUCAUUGCUACCAGCACUGAAUCGUUGUGUUAAGUUAUAUCUGUUGUUCAGAUAUAACAAUGUGUGCUUGUCGAUUAGAAAAAAUGCAGCAAACUUCGGCAAAUUACCACACUUUGUAUGGGGACUUAGAAGAAUAUAUAAAAGAAAUGGAAAAUAGGACUCAAAAUGCUCCAGUAUGUGAUGAUGUGUAUGCACAGCUUUCUCAAAAAGAACAAGAUCUUAUUUUGGCCGCUCAACUAGGAAAGGCACUCCUCGAAAAAAAUGAAGAACUUAGUCUGAUAAACGAGAAAUUAACAGAAAACUAUUCCAGAAAACUUGAGCUGCUGGAGCAGGAAAAACAUGGCCUUCAGAGAAAACUCGAUUCAGUGGAAGGAGAAUAUGAAAGUCGCGUGGCAGAACUUCUGGCUGACAUUGCAGAGCUGAAAAAUGAACUCGAGGGCCACGAAGUGUCGCUGAAGUCGACAGAGACAGAGAAGAGUAAAAUAGUUCGAGAGCUUCAGGAACAGAAUCAUAGGUUGGCUGUUUCUCUAAAGCAGGCCUCCAAGUCAGAAGAACAGCUGACAGAGCAGUUGAAGUCUCUCAGACAACAAUUCACUGUUCGGAGUUCAAACUUCACAGACCAUGUUUCACAGCUGGAAGGGCUUAGAGAAGAGAUUGAUAUCUUGUUGGAGAGAAAAUAUGAUCUGGAACAGAGAAUUGAGAGCCUAGGGGAGGAACGUGAGAACAUCAGCUUGACUUUAGAAGAAUCCAGUGAUCGAAUCGCAAUGUUGGAGUGUAUUAAUAAAGAACAAAAGCAACAGAUACGACUCCAACACAGGGACAUUGAGGAACUCAGACAUGUUAAUACUCAGCUUCAGGCUAAAUUAGACACCAUUUUCAAGAGAUGCAGCUCUCCAAGUUUUGGGCAGACAUCUGUUUGCAAUGAAAAUGAAAUGGCAUCCCACUCAUCUUUAGAAGAUGAAUUAAAAUCACUAAAUGGAAGUCAGAUUGAAAGAAGUAGCCCACAGUCACAACCAAGUUCAUCUGUUGGUUUACAAGGAGAUCUGAAAUAUGAGAAUAUAGAAAGUGAUGAUUAUGAAAUGCUACCAUUCACUGAAUUUCCCAUUCCAGACUCUGAGGAUGGUUGGAAGUUUCGACAGGAAUUAGCUGAUAUAUACUAUCAGAUUAAAUUGCUGUGUGAGGACCUGAGGAAGAAACGAGACAGUGUAUCAAUUGACAGUGGUAUUCAGUCUUCACAAGAUGAAAUACAAGCACAAAAUAUGCGCAUUGGGAUGAUAACAGCAGUACUUAAAGAAUUACGAGCCCUUACGCAUGAUCUUUUAGCUAACUACAGUGAACUUCCCUGCUCGGUUUGUAAAACUAUUGUGCAUGAAAGAGACUUACUGGAAAAGGUCCAGAAGGAACUUAAGGAGAAAACUGGUGAUCUGAAAAUGAAGGAAGAAAAUAUUUCUGAACUUGUAAAAAAGGUAACUAUCCAAGAAAGAGAGGUAGCUGUUCUUAAGGAAGAGCGAGACCAGUUGCAUUAUGACAUAGACAACAGUAAAUUAGCUAAAGAUGAACUUGUUAAAAAAUCUUGGGAAGUUCGUGAUCGAGCUGUUGAAAGGAAAAAUUCUGUUGAGAUUGAACUUGCCAAAACAAGAAUUGACAUGAUGCACAUUAAUAGUCAACUGAUGGAAGCUAUUCAACAAAAGGUGGAACUGUCACAGCAAUUAGAACAGUGGCAGGUUGAUAUGCAGGUCCUUCUUGAUGAGCAGUUGAAAACUAAGCUUAAAAACCAAGAACAAGAAGAUAAGAAGAAAAACUUCAAGCAGUCCCAGUCCUACCAUCCAGCAAGGAAUAACAAAGGGAAGAUUUUUAAACUCUGGAGUUGACCACUUAGAAAAUAUAACAUCUCAGACAGUUUUUGUCUUGUGCAUGUGCAAUCCAAAUAACUGGUUAUUAAAAAAGGGUGACUAUACCUACUGUAGAUCUGUAAUUAUUAUAUAAGCAGAAAAACUUUAAAAAAUAGUUGGUGUUAAAAUGGAAAGGUAGCUUUUACUUUACAAAUUCUGUUUAAUAAAACUUCCUUGUUUCAAGCUAGGGUUCUUUCUUAGUUGUUUCAUAUGAGAAAAUGUAACCAAUAUUUACUCCUAAUAGACUAAGGUGAACUUGAUUACAUUAAUAUUUGUGGAUAUUGUAAGUAUUUGUUAAAACAAGUUAUGGAGGAAAUAUCAUACAUAAAGAUUCUGUUUUAAUUACUUCCUGCUUCUGACUUUUCUUCAAGCAGGACAUUGUAAGAUAUAAUUAAUGCUUGAACUCAUCAAUACUUGGUGAAACUCAAUAAUUAAAGAAUCGAUGAAAACAAAAACAAAUCAUAUGUUUCAUAAAUAUUUCAUUUAUUACUCCCAUUGGUUCCACCCAUAAGAGUGUUUGAUGAUAUCUUUAUAGGUAAAACCAUGAUACUAAUAAAUAAUAUAUUUGUAAAACACUUUGAGAUACUUAAACAAUGUAUAGGAGAUGAAAAAAAUCACUGGUAUGUAUUACUCUAUGAAAGCUGGGCAACUUUACUAAAUGUGUUGUGUUAAAUACGUGUCUUGAAAUUCCACUAGACAACUAGUGUAAAAUAUGUUUUUAAGAGUUGGAAAAACCCACAUUAUAAAUUGUAUGAAAGUUGGGCAACUUUACUGAAUAUAUUGUGUUAAAUAACAUGUCUUGAAAUUACACUAGACAAGUAGUGUAAAUUACAUUUUCAUGAGUUUUUGAGAAACCCAAAUUAUAACCCCUAUAUUUUGUUGUCUGUAGGAGAACUACUAUAUAAGACAAGCUUGGGUAACUGUUGGAGUCUAAAUCAACAGAAAUAUCUAUUUUAACAAUGUUGAAUGGCAAAGAUAAAUCUAGUUAUACAUCUUGUUAAAUUAUCAGCUAACUUGUAAAGUACAAGAUAGUGCCUUUUUGUGUUUGUUUCUUGCUGUAUUUUAGUCAGUUUUUGGAUACUGAAAUUUUCGCAUUUAAUGCUUAAAUCAAUAAAAAAUUACAAAUGAUAUUAUUAAUUCAGCUUGUGCUAGCCACGAGAAUGAGUGUUUAGUGACAAAAUAACUUUAAGUUAUAAUAAUACAGCUUGGAAUAAUUACUUGUUAGUAAGGAACCUGCUAUUGCUAUUUCAAGGAAAUUGGUAAAGUUACUCAUGUUUAAAGCUCAUUAUUUUAAGAUAGCCAGCUAUGAAUGUUUUUUUACUAUGAUACAUACUGUAUCUUUGUUUGAGCUAUAAUAAAAUGCAAGUUAUGUUCUUAAACUGGACAUUUAAAUGAUCAAACAACAUAAGAAUAACAGAGAGAACAGCUAAGCAUUAUUAUCAUAAUUAACAGUUCAUUCAAACUUAUUGUUAAUUUUAUUAGUUUUUAUUUUUAUUUAUUGCAAGAAAAUAAUGAUAUGAAAGUUUUAUGUGGAAAUUAUGAAGAACAUAUAUUUCAUGAUUUGAUGAAGAAGAACAUGUUUCUAGGGGCCGAAUGAUGGGGUGACCAGAUUCUCAAUACAUAAAACUGGGAAAAACUCCUAUCAGGAGGCUUCAAGUACUGAGUACAAGUAUAAAAAGUUACAGAUUACUAAAAAAUCUGGGACACUUAGGUGUUCCAAAAUGAUCUCUAGAGACACUGGGGAAACAUUCCCAAAACUAGAAUGUGUAGUCACCCUACUAGCUGAAUGCUGUGUUUAAUAUGUUCCUGGGAUCAGUUUGUCAUGUAAAGAUGUUUGUAAUGGUUCUGCAACAUUGGACUCCAUAUGCAUUCAAAUGCUAUACAUAUAUUAAUUAUAAAAUGUGUGUGUGAGAUACAGUAUUACAUUAUAUGUUGUACAAAAUGUGCUGUAAAUUGUAGCUGGUAGCUUUUAAUUUAACAUAUGGGUCUGCUGCUGUCUUUAUCCUCCAUGAUCAGAUACAUCAUUGCAAGUAAUUACCAAUAAAAUGUGUGGUAUAUACAGUUGCCUUAAUUGAUCCACCCCACCCUCUUAAAAAAAAGGCUUUUUUGCUACCUAUGACAACACACUCCACUUAUAUACGUGCAUCAUCUUUUGUGUAAUAGUGACAUUUUUCAGAAAGAGAGAAAGGGUUACUGCAUUGUAACAUAUGAAUGUAUUUUUGAAGGUGUUACAUAAUGUUUUAGGAAUAGACCUGAUUAAUUUAUGAAAAAUUCAAUACACUGUAAGUAGAUAUCUGUGGUAGCUGAGGAGGAUAUUUAUUCAUUUGAACUGAAAUAUAGUGAAUUAUCGCCUGUUCUAAUUAUUACUAUUUGUUUCAUACUAAUAAAGUAAGCUUAAAAAGACCACUUGCUGACAUUUAAUUAUAUUCAGGGGAAGUCAGUAUUUGUUUAUUAGGUAUAAGACUGAUAUAAAAGUUAUGCUGUAUGAGUUGUACGUACAAUUUGAUUGUAUAUAUAUAUUGUCUCAACCACUACUGUGCCUAUCUUACCUCAACCUAACUGAUGAGCCUUGGUGUAGGACGAAAGGCCUUGUCGGCACUGGGUAUGGAAGAUAUAGUAUGGUUGACAUAAUGUUAUUCACUCUUCUUUAGAAUAUACAAGAUAAUGAUAACUUAAACAAUUAGUGCAUUGUAAAAUAUUUUUAUGUUGAGCUUCUGUAACUGAAAUGUUUUUAUAUUUUCACAAGCAUUAAAAUCUAUGAGGUAAAUAAUUGAGCAGGUACGUGUGGCAACUGACGGUGAUAUUAAAGCAUUUGAAUGAAAAUAUUGUAAGUUACAGUGCAUUGUGACAAUUAAGUAAUGAGUGUUUCAUCCAUCGCAUGAAGUACAGUUUAUAGAAGUUUGGAAAGAAAACUCACUUUGCUUUAUAUAUUGAUUUAUUGAAAAUUACCAUAGGUGUUUU